UCCAUGGCAUUAAGCCUAAGCUAUAAAUUGCACUACAAAUCAAUUUUCUCACAUUCCAAUUCAUCAAUACAAAUCUCCACCAUGGAAGCUCGUCACAACAUAGCCUUACUACCUCCUCCGGGCUUCUUAGGCCACCUAAUUCCCUUCAUCGAACUCGCAAAGAAACUCGUCUUCAACCACAACUGCACCAUCACCCUUAUCAUUCCCGACUACGGCGACGGCUCUCCGGUGACCCUUCAAUCCUCACUCCUCCAAGGAAUUCCGGCCGCCAUCACCCCCGUCUUCCUCCCCCCGGUCUCCACGGCCGACCUCCCCGACGACGCCAACCCCGAGAUCCUCCUCCAAGCCCGCCUCAUCCGGUCCCUCCCGGCUCUCCGCGACACCCUCUCCCGUCUCAGAGAGUCGGGAGCCCCUGCCCGGGCCCUCGUGGUAGAUCUCUUCGCCCCUGACGCCAUCGACGUAGCCAGGGAGUUCGGAAUCCCUGCCUACGUCUUCUACGUCGUUGCAGCCAUCGACGCGUUGCUCUCCUUGACCCUACCGGAGCUCAACGCGUCUUGCACGUUUCGCAACGAUAAACAGGCGGAGCCAGUGAAGCUGCCGGGGUCUUUAACCCUAGAGGUUAAAGACUUUCCAGACACAUUUACGGACUGCAGAGUCCAUAAAUGUGCCACGGAUCUAAGAGAGAUGUAUCUCUCUGCGGAUGCGAUUCUUAUCAACACUUUUUAUGAGCUCGAACCGGAUACGUUUCGACAUCUGGAGAGACGCCGCCAUGGCAUCCCCCCAGUUGUCCCGGUUGGGCCGCUGAUCCGAUCGAUCGAAGGUAGUGAAUUGGAUCGAUCAUCGGCCUAUUUGAAAUGGCUGGAUGAUCAACCACGGAACUCGGUUUUAUUCGUCUCGUUCGGAAGUGGAGGGACGCUCUCGGUCGAGCAGAUCACUGAGUUAGCGGUAGGGCUGGAAAUUAGCGAACAGAGGUUUCUCUGGGUGGUGAGGAGCCCCCAGGAGAACGCGGCCGCUGCCUAUUUAAAAGUUGGCGGCCGGGAUCCCAGGGACCCUAUGACAUUUUUGCCAGAAGGGUUCCUGAAGAGGACCCAGGGGCGCGGGCUAGCAGUCGCCUCCUGGGUCUCUCAAAUCCAGGUGCUGAGCCACGACUCAACAGGUGGAUUUCUAACGCACUGUGGGUGGAACUCGAUACUAGAGAGCACAGUCCAUAGCGUGCCACUCGUCGCGUGGCCAAUCUGCUUCGAGCAGAAGCUCAACGCGACGGUGGUGGCAGAUGGACUGAAGGGGGCGAUUAGGGUUCGGGAGAACGAGAAAGGGAUAGUGGAGAGAGAGGAGAUUUCGUGUGCGGUGAAAGAGCUCAUGGGAGGUGAGGAAGGAAUUAAAAUUCGAAAUAAGGUUUCUCAAUUAAAAAUUGCUGCUGAAAAUGCUAUCGGUAAAGAUGGAUCUUCUACAAAAGCACUUGCUCAAAUUGUCCAGAGCUGGAGCACUUCAAAAUAGACAUUCCAGAUUACACUUUUUCUUUAUGUUGGAUUCUUGAUCUGAGAAAAUAAAAGUUACAUUGAAUAUUUAAAAAACAUCAAA